AUGACAAUUUUUAAUAAAUUUGUGAGGAUACGUAAUUUUAUGAGGCCAUAUAAUGGGGCCGGUAGUUUUGUUGUGUUGGCGAAGCGGACGUUUUCUAAUGGGGCAUUUGACUAUGAUUUGGUGGUGAUUGGUGGAGGGUCAGGGGGUUUGGCAUGUGCCAAGGAAGCAGUAAACCAAGGUGCGCGAGUAGCUGUAUUAGACUAUGUAACUCCGUCACCACAAGGAACCAAGUGGGGCCUUGGGGGGACAUGUGUGAAUGUUGGAUGUAUUCCAAAGAAGUUGAUGCACCAAGCAGCAAUACUAGGAGAAAGUAUACAUGAAGCCGUAGCAUAUGGUUGGCAGGUCCCAGCAUUAGAUCAGAUCAAAAUAAACUGGACAGCACUCACGGAAUCAGUACAAAAUCACAUUAAAUCCGUCAACUGGGUAACCAGAGUUGACCUUCGGGAUAAGAAAAUUGACUAUAUCAAUGGCUUGGGUGAAUUUAAGGAUCCGCAUACAGUUGUCGCGACGAUGAAGAACGGUAGCAAGAAAGAAUUGACUGCAAAGAAUGUUGUGAUAGCGGUGGGGGGAAGGCCUCAUUACCCAGAUAUUCCCGGCGCAGUGGAAUAUUGUAUAAGCAGUGACGAUAUAUUCAGCUUGGGACACCCCCCUGGCAAAACAUUGGUGAUUGGAGCUGGAUACAUCGGUCUCGAGUGCGCCGGCUUCCUCAACUCCCUUGGUUUCCCGGCAACAGUGUUGAUCCGUUCGGUACCUCUGCGUGGUUUUGAUCAGCAAAUGGCUUCGAUGGUCACAAAUGAGAUGGAGAUGAAGGGAGUCCAGUUCCACCACAAGUGCAUACCUGUCUCAGUUGAGAAACUGGAGACUGGACAGCUGAAGGCAAAGUGGCUGAAUACCGAGACACAGAAGGAGAGCGAAGAUGUAUUUGACACAGUACUGAUGGCAACAGGACGGUAUGCACUCACCAAACAACUCAACUUGGAUGCAGCUGGAGUCUCAACUUUAUCAACAAACGGAAAAAUCGUAGCUGACACGGAACAAACAAACAUACCACACGUAUAUGCAGUCGGUGACGUGUUGGAAGGUAGACCCGAGCUGACUCCGGUGGCCAUUCAUGCUGGAAAGCUGUUGGCGAAGAGAAUGUUCGCAGGGGGAAACCAGCAGAUGGAUUAUGAGAAUGUGGCCACCACUAUCUUCACUCCGCUCGAGUAUGGAUGUGUGGGACUUAGUGAGGAAACCGCUGUGCAAAGAUUCGGAGCUGACAAUUUGGAGAUAUACCACGCGUAUUACAAGCCCACCGAGUUCUUCAUUCCCCAACGGAACAUUCGCAAUUGCUAUUUAAAGGCCGUGGCCUUAAGGGAGGCUCCGCAGCGCAUUCUAGGGCUCCACUUCGUGGGCCCCGUGGCUGGAGAGGUCAUCCAGGGCUUCGCCGCAGCUGUCAAGUGUGGUAUAACAAUGGAGCAAUUAAUGAACACAGUGGGAAUCCACCCAACUGUAGCCGAAGAGUUUACUCGGCUUAACAUCACCAAGAGGUCUGGCAAGGACCCCAACCCCGCUUCUUGUUGCAGUUAA